AUGAGGAGGAAGAUUGAGGCGGUGCAUGUGAUGGUUGAGUUGACUGGAUGGGCUGCAUGCCAGCCUCCAGGGGGCCAUCAGCAGGUCUGCAGUGCUAUUCAGAAUCAGGAUUUCACUGUGAUCGAAGACUACUGCACUGGCCUCAAAGCCCUGCUUUAUCUGAAAAGCAUCGAAGAGCUCCAAGACUGGGACGGGCAGAGCCCAGCCACCGUGAGUCAUCAGAAAGGGAAGCCAGUUCCUCACAUAGCUGACCUUGUGGGAAAGAAACUGCCAAGUUUUGGACCUUAUCUUGAACUGCGCAAGAAAAUCAUAGCAGAAAACAAGAUUAAACUGAAAGAACAAAGUAGAGCUUUUUCACCGCCUGAGAGAAAGCUUUUUAUCCCCAAAAGGCCUAUUCCUGCCAUCAAGGAUGUAAUAGGCAAAGCGCUGCAGUACCUCGGGACAUUCGGUGAACUCAGCAAUAUUGAACAUGUUGUGGCCAUGAUCGAUGAAGAAAUGUGCAUCAACUGUGGCAAAUGCUACAUGACCUGCAAUGAUUCUGGCUACCAGGCGAUACAGUUUGAUCCAGAAACUCACCUGCCCACCAUCACCGACACAUGCACAGGCUGUACCCUGUGUCUCAGCGUCUGCCCUAUCAUCGACUGCAUCAAGAUGGUUUCCAGGACAACCCCUUAUGUGCCAAAGAGAGGCUUGCCCUUAGCUGUGAAUCCAGUAUGUUAAGGCGAUUUGGGAAACAGUGACUAGGACUUCCAAGUCACCUGCAUAUGCUGAUCUUUCGAAAUUGUGAUCCUGUGUUCAGCUCUUUCCAAAUUAAGACAAAUAUAUAAUCUCCAAAAUGCAUUUCUAAGUAAAAAUAUAUAACUUUAAAUAGACUUUUACAUUUUAAAAAAUGUCUAACGCCAAUGACCUUUCAACUAGCGGUUGUAAAAUGGAAUCAUUCUUUUUCUGAGAAUAGCUGUUAAAUAACUGUGUAGCAGUUAAUUGGAUGUUCACCAGCAGUUGUCUAUUGUGAAAAAUUAACUUUUUCGUGGCAAUUAGUGUGACAAUUUCCAAAUUGCCCUAUGCUGUGCUCCAUCUUUGAUUUCUAAUUGUAAGAGAAAUUAAGUAUUUCGGAACAAAGUACACUUUAACAUGCAAGAAAAUGUUUCCAAGGAAGCAUUUCAUAAUUAAAAAUUACCUUUAAUUUCAAUGCUGUUUCUAAGAAAAUGUAAUUAACUCCAGAAGGAACAAAUGAAGAAAGGCAAAUAAUUAUUUCUAUGACAGGAAAAGAAAGCCUAAAAUCGGGUUCAUGGAACUUUAUUAAGUUCUUCGGGGAACCAGUUUCUCUAUGGUGCUGGGUCCUGCAAGUGAGACUAUUGACUAAAUACCGUCCACCACUCAUGCCUGAGAUGGGUGUCCAAGUGCCUCACCAACGGACAAGCCAGACAUUCUUCUUUAAAUUUUUAAACCAUGCUCCUAACAAAAUAAGAUGAGAGGAAAGAGCUCUGGUUAAUGCCACUCUUUUGCUGUGCACAGAUCUCCUCUGUCUGCUUUUAAUAGUAACCUUCAUGAUUAUAGCAAUUAACGUUUGAACAAAGCCCAAAUUAUUCAGCGCUGAGUCAUGUGCUUCAUUAUUCCACAAUGAAAAAUAUAGUAGUGGCAAGAUAGAUAUUAAGUGUGCAAAAUCUUUUUGAAUACUCUCCAUUUUAGUGUUUAUGUUUAAUUUUCAAAGUAAUGGAAUAAAAACAAAUAUAUAUUUUCUGUUAUUGCUAAAUCAUAUUUUUGUAUUCCUCUAUUUUCAUAAUCAGUAAGGAACAUCAUAUAAAUGGUCUUAUCUUUCCUUCACAACAUAUUUUAAUAGGAAUUUAUUAGCAUAUCACAAAGUAACAAUCUGUGGCAUAUUUCUAUGACAAAUGUAUGGUCUAGAAAAAUCAAGUUUAAUUAUGCACUUUUGAAAAUGCAUAUUUACCAAAAAAUUUAUAUGAUUGAAUAUCAUCAAAUAAAAUUGUAUGAGACAUUUUAAA